AUGUGGUGGAGGCAUGCUCCAUGGGUCUUAAUUGUCGUAGUUGAUGUAAUGUAUUGCUCCUCGGAAGAAGAGAAUGCUGUCUCCUUCGAAUUAGAUCCAGAUAAUGAGACAAUAAUAUUUCCGUUUGCCUUUGGAGGAGAUAAUAUCAUUAUGUUACCAACAAUGAAGUACAGCGAUUACAAAAGAAGCACCAGGUACAUGAAAGAUCCUGAGUUUUUACUCUACAGUCUUUCUAGUGUGGUAUGGGAUCUCGUGGUCGGGCAUGUGUCAUACAAAAACGAUGAUCGAUUUGACAAACUGUUUGAUAAGAUGAUGUCGAAGUAUUUGAACAAUGUAUCCAUAAAUGCAUCAAGGAUAUACAUAAGAGGGAACAAGACGUUUAGUGAGAUGCUGGAAAUGGUGUAUGAAAGGAUAUUUGAAUGUGACUCUAAGGGAAGUAGGCAGAUGGCAAGGUAUGGAGAGAGUCUUAUAAGGGAAAUUGAUAGUAAGAUGGAAAGCAUGCCUUCCGAGAUGUCUGAAGAAGAAAAAGAGAAGAUGCGAAGUGAUUUGAAUGAUGAUAAGAAGUAUGUGGAGUCUUUUCGUGAUACAGAAAAAUGGAGGCAGAUAGUUGAGGCAGAGAAGAUGGUGUGCAAUGCAUGCAAGGAGAUCUGCCUUGGGUUGAAAGAGGAGGAGCUGAUGGGACUGUUUGCUGAGGGAAGCAUGAGAAAGGCUUUGAAAGCGAAGCUUGGUGAAGAGAAAGCCAGCCAUAGGGGAUAUUUAGAAUGUGCCUUUGUUGAUAUUAAGCUGCUACUAGAUGCGCACAAAGAACAUGGAGGAGAUGUUACAAAGGAGUUAGUCAUGCAGAUGCUGCUGGGGAAGAAGGGAAAGAAUAUAGACAAAAGAUAUAUCAAUAAGGUCGCGAAUGUAGUCAAGGAAAGGCAGAGAAGAAGAGAAAGGGAGAUAGAAAAGAAUAUGAAAGAGCUGAUGAGGGACGAGGAGAAGGCGAAGAGCAAGGAGAAGGCAAAGAGCAAGGAGAAGGCAAAAAGCAAGAAGAAAGGGGAGAGUGUGGGAGUCUCUGAGGCCAAGGAAGAGGAGAAGAAGGAGAGCGAAACAGAGGAGGUGGAGGCGAGUGAGGAGGUUGGGAUACCGUCCGUGGAGGUUGGAGGAGCACGCAGGAAGACAGGUAAGAAAAGUGAGGGUGGUCGGAAGCGCUACAAGAUUCACAGAAGGGUUUCCCGAUGGAGAAAGAGCCCUGAGAAGAUCAAGGAUGAGUGGGACAAAGGAAGCGAGGAGAAGUGGAAGGGAAGGUCUCUUGAAGAGAUCAAGGAGCAAAAGGUGUUCCAUGACAUAAUGGGUGUGCUGGAACUUCUCAGGAGUGAAGAUGCAGACAAGUUCUUCAUGGAUACAGGAAAGUACACCAAGGGCGGGAGUGAGAGGCAGAGGAUGGUGGCGAUUGGGGUUCUUGAGAGCGGAGGAAAGAGGAUGGCAGGAGUGGUGGAGGUUGGGACGUUCAAGGACUCUUCUAGUGGAUGCCCAGUUGUGUACCACCUGAUGUUCCGGGUUACAGGGAUAGAGGGGAUGGGAGAUGUUAUGAGCCCAGAGUUUGCUGAGGCUAAUGACAUUGAGAAGAUAGAUAAGAAUAGGGAAUACCAGGAUGAGGGCAUGUUUGUGUAUCCAAAAGGAGUAACGUUUGAAACGGUGAAGGAAACAGGAUCAUUCCAGAUAGUGUGGGAGAAUCCCUCUGACACCUCUGAGGUUCUCCGGCGUCUCACGAUUCAGCGCAGGCCAUGUGUGAUCUGA